AUGGACAACGGCGUAGCGUCGCCUGAGCUUCCGGAGUGGCUGCCGGACGGCUGGAUCAUGAAGACUGUAAGUCGCAAGGACGGAAUUGUUGAUCUGGUAAUCACUAACUUCUCAUCUGAGGGAGGUAUCCGCGGUCUGUCUCCGUGUUCUUAUUCUCUAUGCUUAGGUGUCCUUAACUCUGAGGAUGAGGGAGCUGUGGCCCUACCCACAGGAAUCUCUAGGCAUUUUAUUUUUGGCGCUUUCGCCGUUGGUUUCCAGUUGGGGAAAUACGAAGAAAUUUAAAGGGGAAAUGGAGAGAAGCACCGUCUUUGUUCCAAUGCUUACCCAGCGGCAGUCGAUGCUAUCGCUCUGUCCUGUCCAUCUUGAAUCCUAGUUGAGUCAUACGCUAAACUUGUGUCAUAGUGUUGAAAACGCAUCUGUCUACUUCCAACGAAUUCCAAGUGCCAGGGAACACCAUUCCCUGAUUUUUUUAUUUAGAGUUGUACUCCGUGUGGUUCCACCUAACGUCUGAGAUCACUUGACUUGUACAGAAUCAUUAUUUCAAUUCCGCUGAUAAUUCUUGCCUUACACAAGCGAACUCGAAAUAUCUGUAUGUGGAGAAUAGUUGACAAGUGAGAGUUAUGCACUUGGAAGCUUCUUUUCCUAGAGUAGAAACAGCAGACGAGGACGAGGAUUGAAGAACUUAUACUUAGUUAGGAAUAACCUAUGAUCUGAUUACAGUCUCAUUUCCUAUUAUACACUUCAGCCCAGUUUGCUCUGUUUCCACACCUAGGGUUUCGGAUUAUGCACUUGAGUAUUAAGUUUGUACACGUGUACAUAACCUGAACCAGUUGUGUUGCAAGAUUAAUUGAUAAAUUGGCAGCCAAGUUCCACUUGCAUCACCAUUUGCAAUUUUUUUUUGUAUAGAACAUCAAAUAUUUGGUCAAAUUUAUCAGUGGAUUCUAUGAAUGUCUGAUAUUUUAUUUUUCUUCUUGAAUCUUGGGAGUAAUCAUGCUAAAUAUCAGCACUUUCUUUUCAGUCUUAUGUCUCACCAGUGUCCAGACGCACCUUCAGAUCUAGAGAUGAGGUUUUGCACUAUCUUAACUUUGAAAGUUCUGACGCCAUUGAGGCUGUAAAGACCAUCUGUGAGGAAGCUAAACGCAGUGUAAGUCUUUCGUUUCUUGAUACUCUCUUUAUUUUAUGUUUUUUAAAAUGAAGUUCGUGACAUUAAUUUAUUAUUUAUUUAUCAAUUUAGGACGUAGUGGGGAAUCAGAUCUCACCAAUAUGGCUGCCUUCUGGAUGGAUUUUAGAAAUCAAAACCCGCAAGAGUGGUACAAAAGCUGGAAAGAAGUACAAGGUGUUGUGACUUUACAUGGUGGUCAACGCGAACCACAUUCAUUUUAUGUUUUUUUUCUAUUUGCAUGAAAUUUAUGGCUAAAUGUCCUUUUGGCUAUUGUUAGUGGUUGUGGAUGUGUAAACUCAAUCAAAAGACCUUGGUAAAUUUCUUAACAAUUUACACAAAUUUUAUAUGCCCAGCUUUAAUGUCACCUGUUAAACUUUUAGGCAAUUUUUAGUACAUAAGGCUGGUAGAUUUUUUCUUCUUGACCAUGCAGCAAUCUCUCUCAGUUAGAAAUUUUCCUUUGCUAGAAUGGAAAUGAAUCCUUCUUGAUUUUGUGUUCGUUUGGAUGUUGAGCUGCCUAAUGAAUCUAUGAACUACUUGUGUAUGGCUCACUUCUUGUUUGUCAUGGAUUUCAAUGACUGCAACAUUUUUGGCUGCCUUUUGAUUUUCAGAAUUACGUUUUUGAUCCAUCUUCUCAUCAAGUUCUCGAGCUUUUGAAUCAGCUUUUUCGGGACUUCUUUUCACUAUGCUUGAUUCAUACUGUUCUUAAAAGCAUUCAACAUAUGAUUAUCUCGCAUUUCUGAAACUUUCACGUUGUCCUACAUUUUUUCUGCGUGUUAAUUGUAGAGUUCUAGUUUUAUUUACGAAAUAGGAAUACAAUGAUGUUGAAGUAUCCCAUGAAUGUAUUCAUACUUACUCGAGUAUGUGCUAAUUGUGGAUCGAGUAUAUGUUCACAUCUUCCUCUGUUUGAAUUAGCGGGUGCUUUUUCAAUUUGACUUGACUUCUUGGAUGUAUCUUUUGAUAAUCGAACUGAGUACAAUGUUCAGCGGAUUGUUUUCUGAUGGAACUGCUAAAAUGAGUGGUGAAGCUCUAGCUAUCUAUGACCGAAUUCCAGGAUUGUGUGGUCUCGAUAAGGAUUCUUUGAUCCCGAAUACUCUGCAUUUUUUCUGGAUAUUUUUGUUGAUAACAUUUACCAUGACUUUAUUAAGAAUUGAUUCUGAUUUUAGACCCUUUCUUUUUCAUGCAGUGCUAUUUUGAUCCAUUCACUGGAUGUAGACACUAUUCCAAGGCAGAAGUAUUCCGCCACCUAAAUGGUGAAGAAAGCUGCAAGUUCACAACAAAAAAGAAGAAACCCCCUGGUGUCAAGCCUGAAGAGAAACACCUCUGCAAGUUUGCAUCAGAUCAGAAAAGCAUCUCUGUUGAUUUCAGAGAUGAUGUAUGCCAUUUUAGAUCUCUUGCAUCUCUUUUUGUUACAGAUUCUCUUAUACAUUCUUUAUCACGCAUCCACAGAGAGAUUGUAUUGCCAAUCAAUGUUAAGAUCUUCUGAUUUCUUCAUUCUCUACUUGAAGCUUCAGGCCAUAGUGGAGAACUAUCCAGACGGACUGCCUUCUAGCUGUAUCGAAGAAGUGAAGUAUAGAGGGAAUGCGUCAAAGCUUGGAAAAGAUCCGGUAUUCACUAAUUUCACCUUUUCUUGAUCACUUCUUUGUCCGUCAUGUUCAGGUUUGGCAUCUAUGAAUAGUUUGAUUGACCAUUUGUGCUGCCAAAAAUCUGUAGCAUUUCUUCAACUGACGAGAGCUAUGAUGCAAAUGCCACUCAACUCGCUACUGCUCAAUGGAGUUAUCUCUUGCUCCUGCCUCUUGUGGGUUUUAAAUGCACAGCUGAGUCAGCCUCAAAAAAGUUCAGCACUUCUGCCGUAUAACUUUUGACUUACGUCACCAUCUUUUUCUUCAUUGGGGGCACUUCCACCUUGGUGACCCUCUUUUUGCAUGAUGAUUUCUCUAUGUAACAUCACACUAGAAGGCAGCUAUCAGCCAACAUGCCGAUAAAUCCAAGAGAAAAAAAGUCUCAAUUAUAACUACUCCGUAGAAAGUGGGCCUCAUGUGUGUUCAUGAGUAAUAAUCCUGUCAUUUUGGUACACACCCUUUUUUAUCUUUUGGCGAUCAUCUGAGUCUAUCCCUGGGAAUCCAGUCUGAAUGAGUUUAGAAGUUUUUCCGCCCCAUACACUUUUUAACAAUCCAAGAGAAAAGAAGCUUAGAAUUCUGUUCACCUAUUUUAGCUGCAAUUUUGACUUAUGGGCAAGACUACUCCUUGGAUCCUGCACGAGCCAUGUCGUUUCUCCAGGGUCGCACUCUUGGUUCCCUUGGUCGUUAUCUCCUUACCCUUGCUCUCCUCCAGCCUCCUAUUUCAGCAAAGAAGUUGAAUGAAGGGAGCAGAGAGAGGCGGUGCCUAUUUUCAGGACAAGCGCAGAAGCCACGCGGAAGGACAGAAGAAGAGGAUGACGUGUUGAUUAUAGAGAGCUUACCCACCCCAACUCCUGCCGAGGCCGCACCUCGUAGUAAAGUCUUGAACCCUGCUCUUGCCAGGCGGAGUUCAUUUCUUUUUUUUUAAUAAAUUCGUGGCCAAUGGCCCAACUUCUGAUCUCAGAAGGUCGGGGAUCCAAAAAAAGCCACGAGGAUGAUCCAGGUGGAGAACUCGCUCAUCGCACCAGGUGUGGAGCCGAAUCAGAGCAGCUGGCUGUCGUGACACGGCGUACAUCAAAGCGGCUUGCUGGCCUGGAACCCAGCUUGUUCACCCUUCCUGCUGAGGCCACUCCUCGUAGUAAAGUUUUGAACCCUGCUCUAGCCAGGUAGACUUCAUUUCUUUUUUUUAAUAAAUUCGUGGUCAACGGCCCAACUUCUGAUCUCAGAAGGUCAGGGAUCAAAAAGAAGUCACGAGGAUAAUACAGAUGGAGAACUCGCUCAUCGCAGCACGUCUGGAGCUGAAUCAGAGCAGCUGGCUCUCGCCACACGGCGUGCAUCAAAGCGGCUUGCUGGCCUGGAACCCAGCUUACCCACCCGUCCUCCCGAGGCUGCACCUCGCAGUAAAGUCUUGAACCCUGCUCCUGCCAGGUGGACUUCUUUUUCUUGUUUUUAAUAAUAUCAUGGUAAAUGGGCCCAAGUUCUGAUCUCAGAAGGUCGGGAAUCAAAAAGAAGUCGCGAGGAUGAUCCAGAUGGAGAACUUGCUCAGUGCAGCAGCAGGUCUGGAGCCAAAUCAGGGGAGCUGGCUCUCAUGAUGCGGCGUGCAUCAAAACGGCUUGCCGGCCUGGAACCUGACCAUGUGCUCAGUACUGAGGAUAUUGAUAGGACCCUGAAGAGAGGUCGCCGUUCCGCUCAAUCUAGAAGCAGUAUCGUUCCGACUCCCUUCAUUGACAUCUGCGAUCUUGAGGCAGAUUCACCAGAGGUCAACCACGGCUCUCUGGGAAAACAGUUUGGUUCAGUAGAGAAGGCCGGUGCCGCUGACACUGUGGCAGAAUCCGCAGUGACACCACCAUUCAAUGAUUACAUGCUAGACCAGUGCAUCGAGUUUUCCAUAAAGAAGAGUCUCCUUCCAGCACAGGACGCGAAUGGUAGGGUGAAGAUGCUGUGCAAGAGGACAUCCACGAGGAACGUCCCCUCUUUUGGUGAAUAAGGACACCGCACAUCUCUUCCCCCAGAAAACCUUCUUCGUGGAGAACGAGUUGGUCCAGUUCUUAAGGGCCCAUCUCGAUGCCUACGGCUAGCUGUGAUCUCUGGUAA